UGCUGGCUCAGUGACGUCCCCAGAAGGAAAUAUUUCUCUGCUGGCAACAGUAUUUAAAGAUUGGGCGCUGACAAAAAUUAACGGAGGAGGCAUCGGAGGUUAGCAGACUGGCUCAUCUCACAGCUGCUGUAACAGGAACUGUCUACACAAAAAUUUGGUUCAAAGAUUUCACUGCCGGGUGAUUGUGCUUAUGUAGCACAAUUGAUUAGACCUUUCAGAGGCUGGAGGCUUUGAGACAGAGUGGAUUGCUGAAAAGUGGUUGCUUUGUGAAUUUUGCAGCAGGUGAAGUUAUAUAAAUAUUCAGGUGGAAUAUCAGAAGAUUCCAAGAAUAUUCUCUUUCCUCAUACUGCUAAUAUGUAGCGAAAUAAUCCCUAUUUACCGUGACAGGAGUUUCUAGAGCUCCGUGUUUCUUUGAUCAAGUCCCAAGGAGAUAAAUUUUCAUUUUCUCAAAGAAAGGCAAAAAGGUGUAACCAGUGGUGUCUACCAUCAUGGAGACGAAGAACAAUAACAACCCUCAGGAGAGACCCACAUUCUCCAGCAAUGGGAAGACUUCAGGGGAGGAUAAUCAUUCGUUGAUAAUAGCUGUUAAAAAAGAAAAUAUUGAGCUGGUCCAGGAAUUGCUAGAAAGAGGGGCUGAUGUCAAUUUCCAGGAUGAGGACGGGGGCUGGACACCUUUGCAUAAUGCAGUCCAAAGCGGCAGGAAAGACAUUGUAGACCUUCUGCUUCGUUCUGGCGCUGACCCUUGUCGGAGGAAGAAGAACGGGGCCACUCCCUUCAUCAUCGCUGGGCUUGUGGGAAGUGUGGAGCUGCUCAAACUUUUCCUUUCCAAAGGUGCAGAUGUCAAUGAGUCUGAUGAGAAUGGCUUUACAGCUUUCAUGGAAGCCGCUUUCUAUGGUCACGUUGAAGCCUUAAGAUUCCUAUAUGAGAAAGGAGCAAAGGUAAAUUUGGGUCGAAAGACGAAGGAGGAUCAAGAGAGGCUUAGGAAAGGAGGGGCCACAGCACUCAUGGAUGCCGCUCAAGAAGGACAUGUAGAAGUCUUGAAGGUCCUCCUUGAGGAGAUGGGGGCCGAUGUCAAAGCCCGCGACAACAUGGGCCGAAAUGCUUUGAUCCGUGCUUUUCGGAACUCUGAUAACAGCACGGUGGAGGUCAUCACUCGCCUUCUGCUGGACUAUGGGUCUGAUGUCAACGUGAGGGGAGAAAAAGGGAAGACGCCCCUGAUUCUGGCAGUGGAAAAGAAGCACAUCGGUUUGGUGAAGAUGCUUCUAGAACAAGAAGACAUAGAGAUUGAUGACACAGACAAAGAGGGCAAAACAGCACUGCUGUUGGCUGUCGAACUCCAACAGAAAGAUAUUGCCCAGUUGCUGUGUGAAAAGGGAGCCAGCACAGAUUGUGGGGAUCUUGUCAUGAUAGCAAGGCGCAAACACAACAUUCCCCUCGCCAAGUUUCUUCUCCUUCAUGGAGCCAAAGAAGAUUUUCACUUUCCCACUGAAGACUGGGAGCCUCAGAGCUCACACUGGCGACAGGCCCUGAAACAACUCCACAGGAUGUACCGCCCUAUGAUUGGCAAACUCAAGAUCUUUAUUGUUAAAGAUUAUAAAAUUGCCGACACGUCUGAAGGGGGCAUCUACCUGGGAUUUUACGACGACCAAGAGGUAGCCGUGAAGCGAUUCUUGGAAGAUAGCACCCGUGGACAAAACGAAGUGUCCUGCCUCCAGAGCAUCCGAGCAAAGAGUGACUUGGUGACGUUCUAUGGCACCGAGAUCCACGGGGGCUGUCUGUAUGUGUGCAUGUCCCUCUGUGAGCAGACACUGGAGAAGCACUUGGCCGAGCACAGAGGGAAGGUGGUGGGAAACGAGGAAGAUAAGUUCGCCCGAAACAUCCUCUCGUCUAUAUUUAAGGCUGUUGAAGAGCUACACCUGUUGUGUGGAUACACUCACCAGGAUCUGCAACCACAGAACAUCUUAAUAGAUUUCAAGAACACUGUUCGCCUGGCAGAUUUUGAUAAAAGCAUCAAGUGGGCUGGAGACCCAGAGGAAAUCAAGAGCGAUCUAAAGGCCCUUGGACUGCUGGUCCUAUAUGUGAUAAAGAGAGGAAAAAUCCCUUUCGAGACGCUGAAGACUCAAAGUCAUGACAAGGUGAUUCGACAUUCUCCAAAUGAGGAAAUCGAGAACCUCAUUCAUCUCCUUUUCUACCCUGGGGAAAAUGUGAAGGACCAUCUGACUGGCCUGCUGAGCCAUCCUUUCUUUUGGAGUUGGGAGUGCCGCUAUAGGACCCUUAGGAACGUGGGGAAUGAAUCCGACAUCAAAGUACGAAAACGGAGUAGCAAGAUCCUCCAACUCCUGGAUUAUGAGAUCCACCCUGGAACAUCAAAACGUCACAGAAAAUUUGACCAGUGGACUAGUAAGAUUAACCCCUAUGUUAUGGAUGAAAUGAAUGCAUUUUAUAAAAAAAAAGGCAACCUCUACACAGACACUGUGGGUGAUCUGCUAAAGUUCAUCCGGAAUUUAGGGGAACACAUUAACGAAGAAAAGAACAAAGAGAUGAAGUCGAAAAUUGGAGACCCUUCCCAGUAUUUGCAGAAGACAUUCCCCGAUCUGGUCAUCUAUGUGUAUAUGAGACUACAGAACACAGAAUACACAAAGCAUUUUCCCAAAACUCACAAAGAAGCCAUGGCAUGAUGGGGCCAGCAGUGGGAAGGCGGGCCAGCUUGGAGUGCUGACCGAGCCUUCUGAGUUCAGGGAGGUCCUUAUUAGCUGUAUAAUCCGGAGCAAAUCACAACUCUCUGGGCCUCUUAACUAACCUUGGCUGCUUGGGAGGGAUGAGUUAGGUUGCUGAUUGUCAGUUCCUGGCACUAUGUCCAGUAUUCCCCACGGUUAUAACAAAAAAAAAGUAUAUGCUCAAAUUACCCUCGCCCUUUUUAUGGGUAAAAAAAAAGCUUAAGAGGCAGGAGCUGAGAGAGCAUCCUGCUAAGAUUCCUUUUGUAAAUUGCCCCAAAGGGGUGAGAGCCUAGACCUUUAAUGCUGUAUGUUUUACAUCAAUUAUCUCAUGUAAUUCUCCCAGUAAUCGUGCAAGAUGGGUUAAUAACCCACGUUAUGAACUAAUGACCUUGAGACUCAGAGAGUUUGAACUACUUGCCCCAGAUCACACAACUUGUCCAGAGCACUGUAUAAUGCAUGUGGUGUUCCAGUUACCUCUCACUUGGGCACAUUAGAACUUAAUUACUCUAAAAGGAAUUUGUCAAAGGGGCUCCAGGUGGCUUAUUCAUUCAUUCAUUCAUUGAGCAUUUAUUGAGCACUAGUAUAAGUCUAAGCACUAAUUGUACGAACUCCCUUCCUUCUAGAACCACCUGCACUGAUUUUCUAUGACCUUAAGGUAGUAGUUCUCAACUAGGGAUAAUAUGUAUUUGAUUUGCAUCAUUACUGCCUAGGAAAAUAUCUGCCAUACGGUAAUGUUCAAUACCUAUUCAUUGAAAAAUGAAUGAACUUUCUUCACAUAUGAGUAAUAGCACUACCGUACAUUUUUAUGGUGCUUUAUAAUUUAUAAUUAUACCUGCAUAUUUUAUCUCUUAGUUUUCAAAACAAUCCUUUAAGGUCAGUGCUGUUAUCCUCAUUUUUCAGAUGAGGAGACUAAGGUUAGAGACAUGUUGACUUACUCUGAUAUAUAGCUAGGAAGCGCCACUGUCUUGAUUUGAACAGAUUUUCUGGCAUUAAGUCUGAUGUUCUUUCUACUUCUCCUCAUUGUGAUGGUAAAAAAGGAGCUUUGUAAUGGGAAGAGCUGGGAAAACCCAAAAUAUCUUAGGUACUUCCUGAAGAGGAAGCGGUUUCAAAUGGGUGUCACUGAAUGCAAUCAAAAAGUGCUGAAGAAACAAACUUAAGGCUUUUAUUUAAGGUUUUAGGAGUGGCAAGCUUACGUGAGGUUUUAAAAUUAAGCCUUGGUUUUCUGAUUUGUAAUGAGUGCCUAGCUAUAUCAACCAUUUAUAUCAACUGGCAUCAGCUGGCUAAGAAUUAUUUUUGCACAGUGCUUUUCAGCCCACAGAACACUUGCAUUCUCUCAUUGAACCAUCCUUGUCAACAUAAUGCCAAGCUGGCUCCCUCCUUUCUUAUCUUGAUAUUGUUUAUUAACUUUAAGUAACCAACACCAUUUAGAAUCACAAAGGUAUUUAUUUGAAGGUUUGAAUUAAUAGAUAAAAGAAGUUGCAAUUCCACAAGGGUGUGUGGCAUCACCACCCAGCCUACUUAAAAGACAACAGCUGUACUCCAGGGAUCUGAAGUCACUAGCAUAUGAGAUAUAUUUUUUUCUCAGUAGUGCACUUCUGCUCACUUCUGCUCUAGACUGGAAAUCACCUUCCCAACACCUGCUCUAAGCACGUUCUCACCCACAUUGUACCUAAUUUAGCAUUCAGGAGGCCCUGGUGGGCAGGCCAGUGGCCUUGAAAGCAGCUUCCUUCUCCACGCCUAGAGUCACAUAUUAGCCUUCUUCACUGACUGACAUUUCCCUGAUGCCCUUUAGAGCAAAACAGAAGACUGGUGAGUAGGAAAUCUGUGAAGAUUCCCUCCCUC